AUGACCAUCAAUCCCACAUACCUUGCGCAGCGCACCCGCUCCUCCGUCAACUGGGGUGAUGCAAAGAAGCGUGUUAUUCGGUCUUAUAGAGACUGGCUCCGAGCUUCUCCCGAAAUCCAAACUAUGUACUCUUUGAACCUCCCCGUCUCGGCCAUCCGCACAAAGAUCCGCCAGGAAUUCGAGAAGCACCGCUACGUCAACCAACUCAACGUCGUCGAUGUGCUGCUGUUCCAAAGCCACUCCGAGUUCCAGGAAACCCUCAACUACUGGAAGCAGCUGUCGCAUGUGAUGAAGUACUUCCGGCCAGAGGAAGAUCCCGGUGCCCGACUACCUCCGAACUUCAUAUCGGGCUUCUUGGAGGGCCGCAAUUGA